AUGAGUCACUUACAAAACUUACUGUUAGACACCUUGCUGGGGACAAAGCACGUGGACAGUGCCGCCCUCAUCAAACUCCAAGAAAGGAGCCUGUGUGUGACAUCACCAGGAUUUAGUGUAAUGCCAAGUGAUGUUCGAACACUUGUGAAUGGAUUUGCCAAAAACCCACUGAUAACCCGAAGGGAAGGCUUGUACUUCAAGGAAAAGGAUUACAAAUGUGUCCGGGCAGACAACUAUUCUCUUUAUGCUAAGAAUGAGAACACUGGUGUGGUUGUUGUGAAGACCCAUCUGUAUCUUCUGGUGGCCACUUACACUGCAGGCAUGUAUCCUAGCGUCUGUGUGGAGGCCACAGAGAAGCUGGGAGACUAUCUAAGAAAGAAAGGAAGCUAA